UUUGCGGCCUCGGCAUAUCGAAACCACCAUGGAAGCAAUCGGCGUGGGUGCCAGCACUCUGGCCUUCGUCCUCUUAGCCCUUAAAUCGGCCAAGAUUGUCAAUGAGUCACUCUCGUCAAUCAAAGAUGCACCAAGUAUAGUCUCCGAGUUACUGAAAGACAUAGAGUCACUACAGUCCGUUCUCGGGCGCAUAUCUGGUAGCUUGCUGCGACACGCACCGACAAGCACAAUUGAGUCAUUAAAUGACAUUCUGCAGGCGUGCACAACAGAGCUGUCGAGCAUAGAAUGUCGGCUCGCAAAAUUCUCUACAAGCUCUGGCAGUAGUCGUUCGAGUCGCAUGUACAAGGGCGUUCUCGCAUACGUCAAGAAAGAAGACCUAGAGAAUGCGCGAGGCAGGAUACGAGACAAGUCAACGCAAAUAAACCUAUACCUUAGCCUUCUCCAAGCGCAAUCACUUUUGCAAGUGUCAUCAAGGAUAGAUACUCACGCAAAUGUGACGGCCACUAUUCUGGAGCAGAUACUUGGAGAGGUAUCAAAACUUCAUACAAGACUUGAUCAGGAUGCGGCAGCCGUCGAGGUGGAGGAGCUUCCGGCGACCGCAUACGAUGAAGAUAUUAUAGACGGCGCGAUAGCGGGUCAGCUUGGUGCCAUGGCACUUUGCUCUGAACUGGAAUCUAGUAUAUCCCGCCUCUCUACCCUCAUAGACCAUGACGGCUUGACGUUGGACGCCGAUGAUGCUGAACAGAUCAUUGAUGACCUACGGAGAUUUGUUGCCAUUGCCAAGGAGAGGUCGAUUGAAAAGUCUAGACUCAGCAGCAACUCCACUAGCUACAGUUCCGUCACAGAGGAUGAUGCAAAGGCGUUCGGUAGAGACCUGAAGCUGAUAGAAGGACUGAUUCUUUCCGCUCCUAUCAUUGCAAUCAAUCAGUCUGUCUCUGGUUCUCGAAAACUCCGUUCUCACCUACCGCAUGGCACGAUCAUUAAGCAAAAGCGGCUGAGAGAGGAAAUCGAUGUUGAUCAUGGCUAUCUCACGAUCUCAACCAACAAGAGAAGAAGGAUAUGUACCAGGGGUGUCGACGCGUCUGGAAAUGUCAACACCUUUCGCGAUGUCGUUGCUAACAUCGUGUUCCGCCCCUCGAAUUAUCCCUGGAUGUUUUCGGUGUCGCUUUCCCAAGGGCAACUUUUCGAUCGGAGCAUCCAGAGUAUCCCGCGCAUAUCUAUCUGUCGCAUAGUCCCGAAUGACUCGCUUGUCUUUACUCUGGUGAAACAGGGCUCCCUCAAGGAGUUCAUGACCAUGCUACAGGAGGGCAAAGCAAGCCUGCGUGAUCAUGACGAGCAGGGUAUGCCACUUUUACAUUAUGCAGCUACGGCGAGCGUGGAGAUGUGCAAAUUCUUGAUCGAGUCUGGAGCAGAUGUGGAUGAGAUGGGAGAGCAUACGGGCACUGCUCUGUCGCGUAUAGCAGGGCUGGACAGACACGAUACAACACUAGUACUACUCGAGAAUAUGGCUGACCCCACGUUGUCAUACCCAGGGUGGGAUAACCCAUUGUCCACGGCUUGUAACCUAGAUCUCCCCUCCGCAGAGCUCUUCCUCAAGCACGGGGGACACUUCACAAUGCAUGAUCUAGAGAGCUUCGACCUGAAUGGAAGGACAAGACUUCACCAAGUUUGUAUGGCAGAAAGCAGGGCAACGAGCAAGAAGAAAGCAGUUGCUAUGCUGGCGGCGGCUGGCGCCAACCUUAACGCUCGCGUAGCGAAGUCAUGGUCUCCGGACGAUCACCAGACGCUGGGGUUCACGUGCCUGCAUAGUCUUGUUUACAAAGCUCAUCGAAGCAGGGAUCGAGACGAGUUGGAAGCCGUAGUCUUCCUGAUCCAACAAGGAGCAGACAUCCUUGCGGUUGACCACCAUCAGCAUAGCGUUUCAAUGCGUGCAUAUUUACCUAAUGAUGGCGAUAACCAGUAUUCGUCCAAAGGGUCGUACAGGGGCGAUCUUUGGGAUGCUGCUCUUACGAUAUGCGGCCAUGAUGUUAGCCAAUACCGACAUGCAUACCCCAGAGUGCCCAGGUAUAACAGAAAUUACGGAAGGCAAGACUUCGAGAGAUUAUGGGAGGGGUAUGAAGCCCUCUGCCCGUACUGGAACGAUGAGCGAUAUCCGGAAACAGGCGGCGAUGAUGACUACUGGAAACAACCUGUGAGACGCUGCAAGCAUAUCGCAUGUUCAGAUUGUGAAGAGUUUCCGCCACAGGCUGAUGAGCAUGAUGCGGAGCCAAAAAGAGACGCUGACGUCCCAGGCUACGCUCAAGCUAUAUAUCGUGAAUGGUUCUUAGCUCGCAGCCCGGAGUCUAACCCUUCCCAUAUGCCUUAUAUAGAUCAUAUUUCGGAAGAUUAUGAAGAUGAUGACUACGCAGAAGAGGAGAGUCCAUCCCCUGAUAUUUUUGAGGGGGGAGGGAGGGAAUCGAGUGUCGAUAUUGAAUCUGAUGGUGGUGUUCGGUUUACCGAUGAGAUGAACAGUCUGUCACCACCGAGCAGUGAAGAUGGUGAAGCAGCUUAUGAGAGAUUAGUCGCUCCGUAUCAGCUUGAAGAAAGGGACGUUGAGGACUACCCUACUUUUGUCGAUCGAUGGUUAGAGCAAUAUAUUCGAGCGGCUGAAGAAGAAUAUGAAGAAGAGGAUGAGGAGAUGGUGAAUUGAACGAAUCGAUUACUAGUUUAGGUCAAGCCCCA